AUGCUGGGACCGCUAACCCUUCCGGGGCGCCCAGGACUUCGGGUCUGGCACCCUGGGCGGAUGCCCAAAAACUCCGCCUUCCCAGGAGCCCCUGCGGCCGGGCGCGAAGAUGGCGGCCGCGAAGACAGUGGUGGCGGUAGGGCACCCGUGAAACAGCAGAGAUGGAACCUCCCCCGGCGCCGGGGCCGGAGCGGCUCUUUGACUCGCACCGGCUCCCCACUGACGGCUUCCUACUCCUCGCGCUGCUGCUCUACGCGCCUGUCGGGUUCUGUCUCCUCGUCCUGCGCCUGUUCCUUGGGAUCCACGUCUUCCUGGUCAGCUGCGCCCUGCCAGACAGCGCCCUUCGCAGGUUCCGACUCGGGCUCUCGGGGAGUGUCAGGGCUGGGCCCGGCCCGAGGCCGCAGAGUCAUCACGAUCUGUGUCCCCAGGUUCGUGGUGCGGACCAUGUGUGCGGUGCUGGGGCUCGUGGCCCGGCAGGAUGACUCCGGACUUCGGGAUCAACGCGUCAGGGUCCUCGUUUCCAACCACGUGACACCUUUCGACCACAACAUAGUCAACCUGCUUACCACCUGUAGCACCCCUCUACUCAAUAGUGCCCCCAGCUUUGUGUGCUGGUCUCGCGGCUUCAUGGAAGUGGAUGGGCGGGGGGAGUUGGUGGAGUCACUCAAGAGAUUCUGUGCUUCCACGAGGCUUCUCCCCACCCCUCUACUGCUGUUCCCCGAAGAGGAGACCACCAAUGGCCGGGAGGGGCUCUUGCGCUUCAGUUCCUGGCCAUUUUCUAUCCAGGAUGUGGUACAACCUCUUACCCUGCAAGUUCAGAGACCCCUGGUCUCUGUGACGGUGUCAGAUGCCUCCUGGGUCUCAGAACUGCUGUGGUCACUUUUCGUCCCUUUCACGAUGUAUCAAGUAAGGUGGCUUCAUCCUGUUCAUCGCCAGCUGGGGGAGGGGAGUGAGGAGUUUGCACUUCGUGUACAACAGCUGAUGGCCAAGGAAUUGGGACAGACAGGGACACGGCUUACUCCAGCAGACAAAGCAGAGCACAUGAAGCGACAAAGACAUCCCAGAUUGCAUCCCCAGUCAGCCCAGUCUUCAUUCCCUCCCUCCCCUGGACCUUCUCCUGAUGCGCAGCUGGCAACUCUGGCUCAGAGAGUCAAGGAGGUUUUGCCCCAUGUGCCAUUGGGCAUCAUCCAGAGAGAUCUGGCCAGGACUGGCUGUGUAGACUUGACCAUCACUAAUCUACUUGAGGGGGCUGUAGCUUUCAUGCCUGAAGACAUCACCAAGGGAACUCAGUCCCUACCCACAGCCUCUGCCCCCAAGUUCCCCAGUUCUGGCCCGGUGACUCCUCAGCCCACAGCCGUAACAUUUGCCAAGUCUUCCUGGGCCCGGCAGGAGAGCCUGCAGGAGCGCAAGCAGGCACUGUAUGAAUAUGCAAGAAGAAGAUUCACAGAGAGAUGGGCCCAGGAGGCUGACUAAGCUCAAAGGAACAGAUGGCACUCAGAGCCGCAGGACGGAGACUGGGGGCAGCCCUCAUCCAACUCACAACAGCUGGAUGGGUGGGUGGUAAAAAGGGAGGGAUGGGACUCCCCCAAGAUUGCAUUAAAUUCAGGUUUUUCACUCAA